UAUGAGCAUGGGACCAAUGGGAUUUGUUUCUAAUUUGUUUGAUUGUGGUUUUGAUUAAUUUUCACUUGCUGUUUUGGAUUUUUCACCUCCUUUGGACCCUAGGCUUGGCCUAGUGGUCUUGUUUCUCACUUUUGAAUUGUGUUUCAGGUUGAGAUGCAAAUGCCUUAAGGAGAAAAAUGCAAGUUGAUUGAAUUGAGUUUGGUUGCUUGUUGUAAACUAACUUGUGUGUUUUGUAGGAUGCUUGGCUCAAUUGAGUUGAUUGUGCUUUGCACAUUGCAUUGGUUGACUGUAUAUAUUAACUGUUUGACUUUUGCUGUUUAAUGUUGGUUUGUCUGGAAUAUUGACUGUGCUUGAUUGAUUCCAGGUACCAUAGUCGCUUUAGUUCUUUAAGAACUUGCUGUGCUGCUGCUUGGUUGUAUAAACCAGUUGAGGGACAUUUUGAUCGAGAUCCUGGUUGAGAGACUUUCUGCUCAGAUAUGAGGCCCGGUUUGAAAGAUGAUGUUGCCUAUAGUUUCUUCAACCCAGAGAUUGACGAGUUGAGAGAUAUGAUAGCACUGAUUACGCCCGACCAUGUGGGGAUGUUUAGAGAGGCAUACAGUGGUAUUUUGAAGGCGGUUUUCAGACUCACUGACAGUGACAGAAGCGCCAUUCAUACUCUUCUCCAGUUCUAUGACCCGGGUUUGAGAUGUUUUGUGUUUCCAGACUAUUUGUUGGGACCUCUGAUGGAAGAUUAUGCUAGCAUCCUGGGUAUUCAGAUCCGCGAUCAGAUUCCUUUCUGCGCCAUUAGGAGAGAGCCUGAUGUCCUUGGGAUUUCUCGUGCUCUUUAUUUGAGUCCGGAGAUGACCAAUGAGGGUUUGAAGGAGAAAGGAAAAUUACCUGGAUUUCAUUUGAGUUUCUUGGAGGCUAAGGCCAAGGAACAUGCUGCUAUGGGUAAUUGGAAGACGGUCUGUGCUUUGAUUUCUGUGAGCGUUUAUGGGAUCAUUCUGUUUCCUAAUCAGAAGAGCUUUGUCGACCAUAAUGCUAUCAGAUUGUUCAUACAGAGGAACCCUAUUCCUACUCUGAUCGGAGACGUCUAUUAUUCGGUUCAUAACAGGAAUGAGAAGCGGCGUGGUGGUCUGAUCCGAUGUUGUGGUCAAAUGUUGUUCAGAUGGUUUAUGGGGUAUUUGCCUUCCCGAGGUGCUUUUGCUCAUCUCGAUCCUACGGUCAAGUGGUCGGUCAGAUUGAUGGGUUUGCGGGCUGCUGAUAUAGCAUGGACUCAUAAUGGUUUGGCUGGACGGAAUUUUAUAUAUAGCUGCGGGGAUUUUCCCAAUGUGCCUCUUAUGGGAGUUCAGGGUUGCAUUAAUUACAACCCAACGCUUCUUAGGAGACAGAUGGGGUUCGCUAUGGAAGUUCCUCCCCUUGAGUGUGAGACUCAGGAGUCCUUUUACUUCCCGGUUGAGGGCAAUCAGGCCAAGCUGAUGCAGGUGUCUGGGUCAUGGCGUAACAUUCAAAGGAAGGGCAAAGUUCCGUUUGGCAAGGUCAAUAGCCAGUAUUUUCCUCUAUUCGAGGAUUGGCUUCGGAAGAGGAUUGAGAUCACACAUCUACCAUUUCCGGGAGGUGAUCCUGGGUGUCCUAUGAUUGAGGGUCCGAGUUCUUCUGUCAGUAUGGGAGAAUUCCUCGAGAUGAAGAGAGCCAGAGAUCAGUUGCUCGUAGAGAAAGCUGAAUUGGAGAUGAGUGUUGCUCGAAUUCAGACGGCCAACCAGGAGAUCAGAGUGAAGAUGGAGGAUCAGGACACACGACAUGCCCUGGAAGCAAAGCGCUUUGAGAUGGAUACUUCCUACUAUGGGAAGAUCAAUCAAGCCUUAGCAUCGUCCACAAGGGAGCACGACAUCACUAAAGAGAAGUUAGCCAGAGCUUCAAAGGUCAUUGAAGAUGAGAAGAGGAGGCAAAUCCUCGUGAGGGACCAGAGGGACGACAGAGCCAGAGCCCUUGCUGCAGAGUGGGAAGCGGAGAAAGUAAAGAUCAUCGCCGAGAGAGAUCAUUACAUUGUUGAGAGAGAUCAUUACUUCAGGCAGAUGAAGAUUCACCAGAAAGAGGUGGGGAGAUUACAGCAGGAGAACACCGAGCUCAGGUUCGCCGCAGAGUUCGCGAAGAUGGUUGACGAGAUAGGGCCAUCUGUGGGACCCUCGUCAGGCUAGCUUUAUCAUUUGUGUGGAUUACCGUCAGGCUUGUUGACGGAAUUCAUUUGCUUGUAUUUCUUUCCCGAUUCUGGAGAUUUGUAUCUGA